AAUGGGGCCUGCCUCCCCCUAGGAGGCCUCCAGGAGCCCCGGUUCCCCCCGGCUGCACUCGGUGGAGGCGCCGGGCCCACGUCGCCGCGCCCCCACCCUCUUCCAGCGUCCGCAGCCCGGGCCGCGCUAGCUUCGCCCGGUGGAUGCUGCGCCUCUCGGAGCGGAACAUGAAGGUGCUCUUCGUCGCCGCCCUCAUCGUGGGCUCCGUCCUCUUCCUGCUGCUGCCUGGACCUUCUGCUGCAGAUGAGAAGAAGAAGGGGCCCAAAGUCACUGCUAAGGUGUACUUUGACUUGCGAAUUGGAGAUGAAGAUAUAGGUCGGGUGGUCAUCGGUCUGUUUGGAAAAACUGUUCCAAAAACUGUGGAUAAUUUUGUGGCCUUGGCUACAGGAGAGAAAGGAUUUGGCUACAAAGACAGCAAAUUCCAUCGUGUGAUCAAGGACUUCAUGAUCCAGGGUGGAGACUUCACUCGGGGAGAUGGCACUGGAGGGAAGAGCAUCUACGGCGAACGCUUCCCUGAUGAGAACUUCAAGCUGAAACACUAUGGCCCCGGCUGGGUAAGCAUGGCCAACGCAGGCAAAGACACCAACGGCUCCCAGUUCUUCAUCACGACGGUCAAGACAGCCUGGUUAGAUGGCAAGCAUGUCGUGUUCGGCAAAGUUCUAGAGGGCAUGGAUGUAGUGCGUAAGGUGGAGAGCACCAAGACAGACGGUCGGGACAGGCCUCUGAAGGACGUGACGAUCGCAGACUGUGGCAAGAUCGAAGUGGAGAAGCCCUUCGCCAUCGCCAAGGAGUAGGGCCCCAGGGACCUCUUCUCUUUGAGCGACUGUCUGUGUGGCCCUGUUGCCCUCCCGGGGGUGAAGACAGCCCGCCACAGGGCUCCAUGCUGCACUGGCCCUAGUGCUGGCGUCUGAUGGAGUGGACCCCUCCCCUCACAUUCCGCGGGCCCGCGGGCCCAGUUUUGUAACAAACUCCUACCAACACUGACCGAUUAAAAAAAAGGUGUUUUUUUUUUUUAUAA